GCGGCGGCAGGUCGGGCGGCGGGCCCUUCCGGCGGGCUGGCUGCGCCUCGCCCCACCGCUGCCUCCUCCUCCUCCGCCUCCUCCUCCUCCUCCCUCGCCGCCGCUCGGCGCCUCCAUCCUGGUACUUCGGAGCCUCCAUCCUGGUUUCUCAAGUGCCCGGACCCAAAACAGGAAAGUGAAGGAUACCUCGUUUGGUUCUUAUAAAUCAGUACCCUGGCUGUGCAGCAAGCAUCACUUCUAGUAAGGGUUUGAGUAUGAGCACAGUUGAAGAAGAGUCUGACACAGUGACAGUAGAAACCGUGAACUCCGUGACUCUGACUCAGGACACUGAAGGAAACCUUAUACUUCAUUGCCCUCAAAAUGAAACUGAUGAAGUAGACUCUGAAGACAGCACUGAGCCUCCCCACAAGCGGCUUUGCUUAUCAGAGGAUGAUCAAAGCCUUGAUGACUCCACUCCGUGCAUUUCUGUUGUUGCAGUUCCAAUUUCAGAAAAUGAUCAGAGCUUUGAGGUGACCAUGACUGCUACCACUGAGGUAGCUGAAGAUGAGAUUAACGAAGGAACUGUUACUCAGAUUCAGAUUCUUCAGAAUGAACAGCUGGAUGAAAUCUCCCCAAUGGGCAAUGAAGAAGUGUCAGCUGUUAGUCAAGCCUGGUUCACAACCAAAGAGGAUAAGGAUUCCCUAACAAAUAAAGGCCAUAAAUGGAAGCAGGGAAUGUGGUCAAAAGAAGAAAUUGACAUUUUGAUGAGUAACAUUGAACGUUAUUUAAAGGCCCGUGGAAUAAAAGAUGCCACUGAAAUUAUAUUUGAAAUGUCAAAAGAUGAAAGAAAAGAUUUCUACAGGACAAUAGCUUGGGGUCUGAAUCGGCCUCUCUUUGCUGUUUAUAGAAGAGUUCUUCGCAUGUAUGAUGACAGAAACCAUGUUGGAAAGUAUACACCUGAGGAAAUUGAAAAGCUUAAAGAGCUGAGAAUAAAGCACGGUAACGAUUGGGCCACGAUAGGAGCUGCACUGGGGAGAAGUGCUUCGUCCGUGAAAGAUCGGUGUAGACUGAUGAAGGAUACUUGCAACACAGGAAAGUGGACGGAGGAAGAAGAAAAAAGGCUAGCAGAAGUAGUUCACGAGCUAACCAGCACAGAACCAGGUGACAUUGUCACACAAGGUGUAUCGUGGGCUGCCGUAGCAGAACGGGUCGGAACGCGCUCUGAAAAGCAGUGCCGCUCUAAAUGGCUCAACUAUCUCAACUGGAAACAAAGCGGGGGAACUGAGUGGACCAAGGAAGAUGAAAUAAAUCUGAUCUUAAGGAUAGCGGAACUCGAAGUAUCUGAUGAAAAUGACAUCAAUUGGGAUUUACUAGCUGAAGGAUGGAGUAGUGUCCGCUCACCACAGUGGCUUCGGAGUAAAUGGUGGACGAUUAAAAGACAGAUUGCAAACCACAAAGAUGUUUCAUUCCCUGUACUUAUAAAGGGCCUUAAGCAACUGCAUGAGAACCAAAAAAACAAUCCAGGGCACCAGCUUUCAGAGAACAAAUCUGGAGGUGGAUUACCGAACACUAACUCCAGUUCGGGGGUUCAGCACGUGCAGAUUCGAGUGGCUCGUUUAGAGGAGAAUGCAGGCAACACUUCAAGCCCAAUGACAGCUUUGCAGAUCCCAGUCCAGAUAACGCAUGUCUCCUCAACAGAUUCCCCUGCUGCCACUGUUGACUCUGAGACAAUAACAUUAAACAGUGGAACACUACAGACCUUUGAGAUUCUUCCAUCUUUCCACCUCCAGCCUACUGGAACACCAGGCACCUACUUACUGCAGACAAGCUCAAGCCAAGGCCUGCCUUUAACGCUGACCACUAGUCCUACCAUGACCCUCACAGCUGCUGCUGCUCCAGCCUCCCCAGAGCAGAUCAUAGUUCAUGCCUUAUCUCCAGAACACUUGUUAAAUACAAGUGACAAUGUCACAGUGCAGUGCCACACACCAAGUGUCAUAAUCCGCACUGUUGCUGCUGAAGACAUCUCCUCCUCUGUCACUCAGGCAGAACUUACUGUUGAUUCAGACAUUCAGCCAGCUGACCUGACAGAGCCUCCUGACACCCUAGAAACAAACAGCUUCCCAGACGACAUCCAUCAGCCCAAGCUCAGCGAUGAAGAACAGUCAGCCUACAGUGAAGGUGAUGCCUCGAAAUUCAGCAGCAGGAAUAGGAGUGAGCUGAUGGAUGGGGUUAUGGUAAGAACUGAAGAGGAGAUUUCGGAUGCCAGUCUGAAACCAGAAGAGGAUUCUCACUCUGAUUUACCCAGCACCUACGUCACUGAAGACCUGGGUUCUCCAACGAUAGAAGAACAAGUUGACCAGCCUACAAUAGAUGAUGAAACUGUGCUUAUUGUUCCUUCUUCCCAUGGUUUUAUCCAGACAUCAGAUGAUAUAGACAGUGAAUCGGUGUUGCCCCUAACAACCCUAACAGAUCCUAUCCUACAGCAUCAUGGAGAUGGGUCGCACAUCAUUGGCUCCUCACUGGGCAGUCCUGACUCGGAAGAUUCAAAGGAUGUUGAAGACUUAGUGAGCUGCCACUGAGAGAAGCAGCAAUCAUGUCCAUUUUGUAUCGACCACGUUCACGUUGUGAAAUUAGUUGCAACCCUGUGCCACGUUUCCAAAGAAAGCAGUCAGUCCAUGUCUUUAAACAGAACCUUACAGUUUGAGAUGACUACAGUGCACUUUUCCUGCUCAGGCUAUUUACCUCAUUUGUAAAGGGUUACAGAGCAGCCAGCCGAAGCCUGAUGUGCGACGUUUCAGCCAGGGUAUUUCAGUGUUUGAAAGAAGACCUGUUGCAAUGCUCAUCGCUAUUAUCCACGUGGUCAGUUCUGAUUUGACUUUUUACUAGUGUGCUCAACUGCACACCCUGAAAACUGGACAGAAGUCAAGGAUUGUGGACCGUAGCCUCUUAGUGCCACAGCAAGAACUAGUUUGCACACGUUUCAUGAAGAAUGGGUGAGAAUUUCUGCACUUACUGACUUCUGUAAUACAUGGAGCAAGACUGUUACAUUUCGGGAAGAAAUGUAUCCCAUCAAAGACUUCAGGGAGCGUGGGCAGCAGCAUAAAGCGAUGGUCUGCGUUCCCAUCUCAUCUGGUUUAUCAGUACGUCUACGGCAUAGGACACGAGACAGAUGCUUACCGGUCUGCUUGUUCCUGAGCAGUCCGUUGCUGGCAACGGGUAGAGCUCAGAAAGAUCACUUUUGGAAAAUGUAUUUUUUUUCCCUUCAUCACUACAGCAAGCUGAAUAAAAAGGGAAGGCCUGUAGAAAAAGGAAGCUGCUGGAACCCACCAGCUUCUCCCUAAACUCUUUUGAAGGCUGUUGUGAGCGGGCUGGAACGUUUGUCUCUCGCUGUUUACAUGACACUACCAGCCACCUCUCUGGAGGUGAUUUAUGCAGCAAGUUACAGGAUGGGGGGUGGUGAGGAGGUGGCAAAGUCUUGGAGAAAGAGCUCUGUGGGAAUUUGGGCAUAGGGCCUGGAGGCAGAGGAAGCCGAUUAAUUCCUACAUUCAAGGACUGAAACAGACACUAGGCUGAGCAGCAGCCUGCUAGCUAGGGAUUGAAAGAAGAAGCUAUAGAAAUUAAAGACUCGUGUAUAAAUUAUUUUAUUUAUUUCUGUAAUUAGCUCUUCAUAAUCAAGAGUUGGUCUUUUCCAGUCUGUGGUUUUGUUAAUGUGAAAAACAAGUUGUAGUUUCAAAUGGUUGCCUAGGGAACAGAAAUAAUUGUAUAUUCAGUUUAAACAAAAUAAAGAGUAUUUGUCUUAUGUAA